AUGAAGUACCUCCUCACCACCCUCGCGGCGACAGCCUCACUCCUGAGCGCCGUCACCGCCGACUUCGAGAUCUACCGCGUAGGCAUCGGCGGCAACGGCAUUACCGCAAACGUCGAAGGCUGGCAAGUCUACCAGGACGAAGCCAACUGCGACACUGUGCUAGAUUGGAUUUGGCCCGACACCGACGACGCGAGUGGCCGUGGCGUCCGCUGCGAAGGCGAUGGCUGCGGUCGCUCUGACGACAGUGAUCCUGCCAGCAUCGAUGUCCUUGAGAUGAAUUUCGAGGGGUAUCACUGGACUUACUACCGCGACCGCGGCGAUGGCGAUCUAGUGGACACGAAUGAUGUUCGUGUUGGAAGGUGCUACGCUUGGCCUGCGGCGUUCCUGACGUGCGGCUUGACCUUCGACAGGCUGGAGGGAUAUCGCAAGUUGCGCUGUGAGGUUGACGUCAACGCUGAGCAGAUCAACUCCAACCGCUUCAGUCUCAGGGGCCGCAGCUUGCCUGGGCGUAACUAA